AUGUCACAGCAACUCAACCCGCUCCGGCUAUUCCAAAUAGCUCGGACCGCCGGCUUCCAGCAAAGCAAGCCGGUGCUCCGAAUGACCUUCCCGACGGCCAACCGCUCGGUUUCAACCCAAAUAUACCAACAAAUAAAAACCGGUCUCCGCUCAGCGCCCCGCUACACCGCCCGUACGGCUCCGAACCCUAGGUUUCGACCAUUCGCUCAGCGACCCCGCCGGCCAUUUAGCAGCACAUCGGGUCGCUUCCGGAGCUCUAAGGAGGGUUCUAAGUCAGAUGGAGAACCCCAGACUCUUGGCGCGAGGUUGAAGCAGCUCACGAAGGAAUACGGAUGGGUCACUGUGGCUGUGUACCUUGGGCUCAGCGCUCUGGAUUUUCCGUUCUGCUUCCUGCUAGUCAGGGUUGCCGGUCCUGAAAAGAUUGGUGAGAUUGAGCACAGCGUCGUCUCAUACUUGGGCCAGGUCAUCCCUGGGCCCGUGAAGUCGGCCUACCAUACCUCUCGCGAAUGGACGAAGAGCGCCUACGCGAAGCUAAGGGGCCAGUCCACAGACGAAGCUGCAGAGGAUGAUUUUGGAGUGAAAUCGGCGCAAGAGGCAUACCAGGUGCAAGCAAGUCUUGCUACCCAACUAGCUCUUGCUUAUGCUAUCCAUAAGAGUCUCAUCUUCCUCCGGGUGCCGCUGACGGCUGCUGUGACACCAAAGGUUGUCAAGAUUCUAAGGGGUUGGGGGUGGAAGAUUGGCAAGAAGAAGAGCAAGUCCUGA